AUGUCAGACGAGCGACCCGCCAAGACGCAGCGGACAGAGUCUGGUGCAAAGACAAUCAGCACGAAGGAGUUUCUGCAGACGAGCGUGGCGGAGGGGCCCUUCAGCGUCCUCGACAGCGCGAUGCGCAACGGCACACGCGUGUUCAUACAGUCACGAUUCAACAAAUCCCUCGUCGCCACAGUGGUCGCGUUUGAUAAGCACUUCAACCUCGUCCUCCGUGACGUAGUGGAGCUGACGAUGGUCAACAAUGAGCAAAAGGAGCGGUCAAUACGCAACAUGUUCCUGCGUGGUGGGUCGGUUGUCUUCAUCGUCAAACUGCCGCAAAGUGCGGCGUAG